UCCUAAUUGAACCUAAGACUCCACGUAAACCUGCGCAGACAUGACCACACCCAGACGCGUCCCUUUGACUUAGGACAUCGACGGUGAACCAUGCUGCAUCUACUUUAACCCCACUCUUUACCGGCAAGUUCCGACCUUUGAACCGCAAGAGGGCGAUAUCAUACAGGUGUCGUAUCCAAGAUCCGGGACACACUGGGUGUUGCAAAUCAUCCAGCUUAUCUUGUCCAGAGGGGAGUCGGUGAAAACGUACAACGAAUCCUUUGAGAAUGCGCCUUUCCUCGAAGUCAUAGAAGUCAAGUCGACGUCAUCCCCCAGAUUGCUUCGGACCCAUUACUCUAUCAGCAAACUUCGCCUCAGCCCUAAAGCAAAGUACAUUUACGUGGCACGGAACCCCUGGGAUUGCUGCGUGUCCAACUACCAUCUGGUACGAGAAUGUACCCGCAUAAAUUUCACAGACGGGACAUUCGACGACUUUCUAGACGCUUUUCUAGAAGCAAAGGUCGGUUUUGGCGUCUACUUUGAGCAUAUUCUUUCUGGCUACAACCGCAGAGAAGACCCAAACGUGUUUUUCAUCACGUAUGAAGAACUCCAGAGAAACAAACAAAAAGUUGUCCUCCGGUUGGCCGACUUUUUAGGCGGAGAACACAAGAGAGUGCUCGAAGAAAAUGGGGACGUGUUUCAGCAGGUCCUGGAGAAGAGCACCGUGGAGUUUAUGAAGAAUGUCCUGACGAUAAACCCGAAAGAACUCACCGAGUGUAUCACAAACAACUCGCCACGUGUUCAACCGGCCCAGGACGUCAGCAACCAGCAGUCUUGCCAACCGACUGAAAUUAAUAUCAUCCGCAAGGGAGUGGUGGGAGAUUGGAAGCAGCAUUUCAGCCGUAAAAACAUCGAGAAGAUGCAGGCUGCCAUCAAAGAACGAACGAAGGGUUCGGAUAUUAUGAAGCUUUGGCAGUGUGACUGAGGCCCUACGGUGCUUACGAAUACUCCUACUUCUAUGCAAUUAAAAUAUUUCUUUUUCAGAAUCGUACGAGAA